AUGAGACGCAUCUACCCUCUGGGGUAUAGCAAAGAAGCGCAGCUCGCUAGGAAGCGGCUCCAACGGGUAGUCCGCAAUGCCAAACGCUUGUUCUGGCAAGCACUGGUUGACAACGUGUCAAGCAAUAAAGACAUGUUCAAGAUCACACGAUGGACUAAGGCCCGAAGCUCUUUCCAGCCGCCUCCACUACAAGUAAACGGCACCGUCUACGAGACAAUGACCGAGAAGGCUACGGCUCUUCGCCAGGCAACUCUCGAGAGAAGAACAUCUGAUGACGACAUAGAGAAUCCCUGGGCAGACGUCUCUCCCAACCAAUAUCUGCCCUUCUCCUCACAUGUUUCCGCAGAAGAGGCGCGAAAAGCGACCAUCGACACGGGAAACACAUCCCCUGGUUCUGACGACAUCACUGUAAAGGUGCUGCGAGCCGCAUGGCCAGCAAUUGGGAACCUGGUGCGGGAGCUCUAUGAAGGAUGCCUAACGCUAGGGCACCACCCGAAAGCCUUCAAGGAGGCUGAGGUUGUCAUGAUCACGAAACCCGGGAAGAGAGACCUCAUAUCACCCCGGGCUUGGAGGCCUAUAUCCCUCCUCUUAUGCCUUGGGAAGGGGCUGGAACGACUUGUGGCGCGCAGACUCGCCUGGGCCGCUGUGCACUAUACUAUGCUACACCGUCAGCAGGCCGGAGCGCUUCCCAAAAGGUCAGCGGUAGAUCUGGUCGCUGCUCUGGUACACGAUAUCAAAGUUGCCUUUUCACAAAGAAAGGUUGCCACCCUUAUAAUAAUAGACAUUCAAGGCGCAUUCGACACGGUCAUGAGAAACAGGCUCAUCCUCCGCCUCCGCCAGCAGGGCUGGCCCCUACCACUCGUGAAGUGGGCCGCCUCCUUCAUGUCAAACAGAGCAGCCCGUGUCCGGUAUCAAGAUAUCACGACCGAGUAUGCGCCCCUACUAUGCGGACUCCCACAGGGCUCGCCAGCAUCUCCGAUACUCUUCCUUCUAUACACCGAGCCCAUCUACAAGCUAGGCUUCCAGCUAGGUCGGUUUGGCUACGCCGACGACACCGCCAUCCUCAGGACCGGCCGGACUCUGAGAGAGACAGCAAAGCUCGCGACGGCUGAUGUGCGGGAACUCAUCUCCUGGGGUGCGGCGAAUGGCAUCACCUUUGACCCCGAAAAGACAGAAGUGAUGCACUUCAGCCACAAGAAGGACGACACGAGCCCGUCGGUAACACACGGCGGUAUUGCCAAGGUUCCAGCAGAAGCGAUCCGCUGGUUAGGGAUCUGGCUGGACAAGAAGCUGACCUUCCGGACACACAUCGAGAAGUGGGCGGCUAAGGCGAAAAAGGUGGCCGGCCACCUGCACGGCCUCUGCAAUACAAAACAUGGCCCUCUCCCGGCCGCAGUCAGGCGGGCGGUCAAGGCAUAUGUCGAGCCUAUCCUGCUAUAUAGCAUGGAAGCUUGGUAUACCGGCACUAAGAGCUACACGGCUUGGCACGGCACAAAGAAAGUUCGGCCUCAAAUUCAGCACUUGGUUGACAAGCUUAACCCUGUCCUCCGCCGGGCUAUUCAGGCUAUUCUCCCUAUAUGGAAGACCACGCCGGUUCCGAUAUACUAUUAG